GGUGUACCCACGUUAGAAGGAAUCAUUCAGCAGUUAGUUAAUGGAAUUAUUGCUCCGACAGCUAUGCCAAACGUGGCGAUGGGGCCAUGGGGAGUGCUGCACUCAAACCCAAUGGACUAUGCAUGGGGUGCCAAUGGAUUAGAUGCCAUCAUAACUCAGUUGUUAAAUCAGUUUGAAAAUACGGGUCCCCCUCCAGCAGACAAAGAGAAGAUUAAGAGUCUCCCUACGGUCCAGAUAACACAGGAGCACGUGGGUGCUGGUCUAGAGUGUCCUGUCUGUAAAGAAGACUACAGCACAGGAGAGAACGUUAGACAACUUCCUUGCAAUCAUCUCUUUCAUAACGACUGUGUAGUUCCCUGGCUCGAGCAGCAUGACACGUGUCCAGUGUGCAGGAAGAGUUUGAGUGGGCAGAACACAGCCACGGAUCCACCCGGCCUAUCAGGGAUGAACUUCACCCCCUCUUCCUCCUCCUCUUCCUCCUCCAACUCUCCGAGCAACGAGAAUGCCACCAAUAACUCGUAAGAGCUCAGCCCACAUCCUGAACACAUCUACACAUCAUCAUCAUCAUCAUCAUCUCAGCCGGCCCGGUCGACCCCCCCCACCACCACCACCGGAGACUGAUCUGUGACACGGUGGAACCAGCGCUGAACCUGACACACACAGACCGCGCAGAGAGCACGGCAAACCCCCGAGAGAACAAUACACUCUUCUAUUGCUUCAGACAGCGUUUCCUUGCUUUUUUUUUUUUACACCGCUGAACUUUAGAGCGAUCAUUCCUCUCCUGUCCGCGUGACGUGCUUUUAAUCAGCAGAAAGCGUGAGAAAAAUGCUGAGGAAAAGAGAGAGAUGAAGGAAAAGAGGAAGAGGAUGUUACGCAGCGAUGCCGGUGCCAGAUCUGAAGACACACCGAGCUGAACUGCGUUCUAGAAGCAGACUUUGUGUCUCUCCAGAGGGACACGGUCAAACUGAACCUUUUGUUUUUUAUCCUUUGAUUUUUAUUUUACGGAUAAAAGUGGCUGAUAUGUGAACGUGAGUAUGUGUGAAUCUCACACAACCGGUCAAGGUCACGUUUCACCCCAAAAUCAGAAGAAAAAAGAAUCUGUGUAUUAUGCUAAACGCCAGUUUUAGAACCACCAAUAACUUUUUGAAUAACAUUUUGAAAUUUUACAGCUUGCCGUAAUGCAAAAAAUCUGAUUCUCAUUACUGUAAUACGAAAAAAUAUGAUUGAAUUCAUGUUUAUAAAUUGUAUUGUUAGUUGUACUGCCUUUAAUUUGAUUAAUCA